AUGUUUUAUUACCUCCUUCCCUUUUUCUCCUUCCUUCCUCUUCUUCUUCUCUCCAGAUUCCUUCUAGUAACAACACCCAGAAAUCACCAUCACCAAAACCUUCCUCCAACCCCGCUUUCUUUCCCUGUAAUCGGCCAUUUUCAUCUAAUCAAAGACCCAAUUCAUCGAGUUUUGCAGACACUUAGUCUGAAAUACGGCCCUGUUUUCACUCUCCUAUUUGGAUCCCGCCCUGUUCUUGUUAUAUCCUCACCAUCCGCAGUUGAAGAAUGCUUUUCCCAAAACAAUGUUUCAGAAAACAGAUCAUGUCUGGAGAAGAACAUGAAACACGAUUACACCUCCGUGAUCCCAGCCCCAUAUGGACCCUUUUGGAGGAAACUCCGCCGCAUCACCACCAUCGAACUCUUCUCAAUUACCCGACUCGCCACUCAUUCAGAUGUCAGACAAGAUGAAAUCCGAUCACUGAUCAAGACUCUACUCCUGGAAAUUGUUCAUGAUAACUUCACACGAGUGGGAUUGAGGUCAAGAGUGCAAGAUAUGUCGUUUAACAUCAUCAUGAGGAUUGUUUCUGGAAAACGGAGCUUUGAUCCUGAAAUACAUGAUUUGAAGGAGGCUCUUAACUUUCGCGACAUGAUAACUGGGAUCUCCAAAGCUCCUCGGGUGCCUUUUCGAACAGAUCUUUUGCCAUUCUUGAAGUGGAUCGAUUUCCAGGGUAUGAAGAGGACGUUAUUGAGAUUAAAGGUGAAAAAAGAUGCAUCCUCUGAAGAUUUGUUGGAUAAAUAUUGGAAGAAAGAUGGGGUUUCUAACAAGCAAAUGAUUGAUGCGAUGCUUUCUUUGCAAGAAGCACAACCUGAAAAUUACUCCGAUCAGAUAGUUAAAGGAAUUUUGUUGACACUAUUACUUGUUGGUACGGAUAGUUCAGCAUGGACAAUAGAAUGGGCGAUGUCACUUCUCUUAAAUCACCCCGAUGUUCUGCAAAGAGCUAGAGAAGAGGUCGAUGAACAUGUAGGACACAAACAUUUGAUAGAGGAAAAGGACCUCUAUAAGCUACGAUACCUACAAAACAUAGUCAAUGAGACACUCAGAUUAUUCCCCACAACACCACUCUUCGUGCCACACGAGUCAUCAAAAGAUUGCACCAUUGGAGGAUACAAUAUACCACAUGGAAUGAUGUUAUUGGUAAACACUUGGGCUAUCCAUAGGGACCCAAAGGUAUGGGAGGAGCCUACAAGUUUUAAACCAGAAAGGUUCGAAAAAUCAGUUGGUGAUGGAUAUAACUAUAUACCAUUUGGUAUGGGAAAGAGGCAAUGCCCUGGAGCUGGGCUUGCUAAUAGAGAAAUUGGUGUUGCUUUAGGGUCAUUGAUUCAAUGUUUUGAAUGGGAAAGGGUCAGUAAAAAAUUGGUGGAUUUGUCUGAAGGUAAAGGGUUAACCAUGCCAAAAUAUGAACCAUUAGAGGCCAUGUGUAAAGCUAGAGAAUGUAUGUUUGAUGUCCUAUCAAAAUUACUAGAUGCUUCAUAG